GUCGGAACCAACCUGGUUGUCCCACGUGCUUUUACAGUUUGUUGUCAUCCGGGCUGUUGUCGUUGAGUCCCGAUAAGUUAGCAACUGUUUUGCUUUUAUUCUGCUUGUACAGUUAGCUUAAAAAUGAACGGAAAAGAAGACGAAGAUUGUCUGUUUCUUGAGCACGUUUUGGAUAAACUUUAUGAGUUUGAUGAUGGACCAGCAUCAAAAAAGAAGCUCAAGUCUCAGAAGAAGAAAAAACGAAAAAGACCUGAGGAGGAGGAGGAGGAAGAAGAAGAGCAGUUCUCUACAGUCAAAGAUAUCUGCAGUGAUGCUGAAGACAGCAGAGCAGAUUAUGCUGGCACUGAACAUCAGCCGCAACAACCAAAGACUGGGGAAACAGGUCCAACCAUCCGGCAGGCGAGCAAGGUGGAGGUCGUGACAUUUCAGGACCCGAGAAAGAAACCGAAAACCAAGCAGAUGCCAGCCCCUGACAAAAUGCCUGCCCUUCAGAAGACAACAGAGACAAAGGAAAGCGACCCACUAGAAGAACUCAAUUUGGAAAAGGCUCGUCUUGAGGUCCAUCGGUUUGGGAUCACAGGCUAUAGGAAGGAGCAGCAGCGUGUUUUUGAACAGGACAGAGCUGUCAUGCUAGGAGCCAGACCUCCUAAGAAGGACUACGUCAACUACAAGAUGCUGCAGCAGCAGAUCAAAGAGAAGAAGCAGAAAGCAAAGGAGGAGGUUCAGCCGGACCUGAAGAAAAAAAAGAAGCAGAGUAAUCAAAGGGACAAGAAGAGAAAGGUGUCCUCUGGCUCUGGCUCUGGCUCUGGCUCGGCCCUCUCGGGUCAGGUGGGCCGCUUCAAGAACGGCAUGCUGAUCCUCAGCUCCAAGGAGAUCCAGAAAAUCAAAGGCAACAAGAGGCGCAAAUAGGUGAGCGAUUAAAUCCCCCAGGAUGGGAAAACCCACGCGGACCAGAGGAAGAACUGGCAUCCAAAACACUGUCCGUGGCUCAGCUUACUGCAGGUCUGUUUGCAGUGGAAGUAGAUGAGAGCCGAAAUACAACGUGAGCUGUAAGGCUGAUUUCCAAAGGAAUUGUCUGCAGUUAAAUAUAAGACGGUGUUAAUGGAGACUGAAGGCUGAGUUAGGAAUCCAAUUUACCGAUGGACCCUGAAUAUACACAGUGGCAGGACGUUAAUGCACAAAACUGGAGACUGUAAAAUCAUAUUCCAUCACAGUUAAUUUAUUUUUGUUUUUAUAAAUGACCGGAAAAAAAAGACA